UGAGAGGGGAGGGGAUCAGCUGUUUUGACUGUGUUGCGGCUAGGUGUUUAGUUGUUGUCCAGCGUUCGCAAAGGUAACACUACCACUGACACAUCACACCACUUCAAACAACACGAUUUUGGAUUAAGCUGGGCAUGCAACUCAACUAACAACCCUCGACAAAAUGACCACAACACAGACUGUUAUCAAGAACCCAACAUGGUGGAGGCGCCGGACGCUGAUGGAGCGAUACUGCACGGUGCUCGCAGCCGCCGCCAUCUUCCUCUGUGGCGUCCUCACUAUCGCGCUCUCUAUCCUCUAUGUACGAGAAACAGAGCGGCCAGAGUCAAUGCCCAGUGCACCUGCUGCACUGGACAUGGAGAAAGGCAUCUCCUUAUGGCAGAACAAAUCUCGUGAAAAAGGACUUUGUUUGACUCCAGGAUGUGUCUAUGCAGCUGCUGAAGUUUUGAAUAGCAUGAACAAAGAUGUUGAUCCCUGUGACAACUUUUAUCAGUUUGUCUGUGGCAAUUUUCUCAAAGAAACCAAAAUUCCUGAUGACAAGACUUCAGUGACAUUGUUUAGCAAGAUAGAUGACAAACUCACUGAACAGUUGAGAGUAAUCAUAGAAGAACCUUCAGCAGAAGAUGAACCCCGGCCCUACAGAAUGGCCAAAGACUUGUACAAAUCCUGUAUGAAUCGGUCGGAUAUUGAGGAGAAAGGCUUGACCUACAUCAAGGAACUUGUACAAAAGAUGGGCGGUUGGCCUGUGCUGGAGGGAGACCAGUGGGACCCGGCAAAGUUCACCUGGAAAGACACAGUCUACAAGUUUAAAGACGAGGGCUUCAGCAUUGAUUAUUUGAUUGACUUUUCCAUCACAACCGACUACAAGAACUCCACUAAAAGGGUUAUUGAUCUGGACCAAGCGUCACUGAGUCUGAGCAGAGAGUACUUGGUGAAGGGAAUGGAGGAGAAGCUUGUACAAGCUUUGUACAGUUACAUGGUAGACAUCGCUACCAUGUUUGGGGCUGACCGCGACCGGGCGACCAAGGAACUCAAGGAGUCGUUGGACUUUGAGAUAGAACUUGCUAAGAUUUCCAUGCCUCCAGAAAAGCGACGAGAUGCCAACAGGUUGUACAACCCCAGGACUAUCCCCGAACUCCAAGAGAGGUACCCAUCCAUUCCCUGGGUUGAAUAUAUCUCCACAAUCCUGCCUAAGAGCGUCCCAUUGAUGCCGGAUGAAGUUGUUAUUUUGGACGAGCCUAAGUAUAUCGAGGACCUGGAAGCACUUCUGAGCAAUACUCCAAAGAGGGUGCAGGCCAACUACAUGUUGUGGCGCGCAGUUGCGUCGUCUGUCUCAUCCUUGACGGAGAGUCUACGCAAGCGUCAGCUAGAGUACGGCACAGCGCUGUCCGGACGAACUGAGAGAGAGCCAAGGUGGAAGGAGUGUGUUGGUCUCUCAGCCGGAAGUUUAUCUUUGGCCGUUGGUUCAUUGUAUGUGCAACGCUUCUUCAAGCAGGAAGCAAAAAAGAACGCAUUAGAAAUGGUGGACAACAUCCGUGAGCAAAUGUACAAGAUUCUGCAAAAUGUGGACUGGAUGGACGAAGAGACUAGGAAAAAUGGCCUUGAGAAGGCUAGGGCGAUGACAUCUCAUAUUGCCUACCCUGAUGAAAUAUUGGACUCCAGCAAGCUAGAGGAAUUCUAUCAGAAGCUUGAGAUUACACAAGGAAACUACUUAGAAUCAGUAUUAAACUUGACUAAGUUUGGGCUUGACUUUUCCUUUGGAAGAUUAAGGAAACCGGUUAAUAAAACCGACUGGAUAUCCCACGGCCGUCCUGCAAUUGUCAACGCUUUCUACAGUUCCAUUGAAAACUCGAUCCAGUUUCCAGCUGGUAUCUUACAAGGAGCGUUCUUCUCUCACGACAGACCUAACUACAUGAACUAUGGAGCAAUCGGAUUUGUGAUCGGCCAUGAAAUCACCCAUGGGUUUGAUGAUCAGGGACGACAAUUCGACAAGAACGGAAAUUUGGUUGACUGGUGGGCAACAGAAACCAAAGAAGCUUACCUCAAGAAAGCUGACUGCAUUAUUAAGCAAUAUGGAGACUACAAAGCAGAAGAAGUUGGACUUAAUCUAAAUGGAGUCAACACCCAAGGGGAGAACAUUGCCGACAACGGUGGUAUCAAGCAGGCCUACUACGCGUACCAACAUUGGGUCAAGGAGCAUGGCAGGGAGGAGGACAGACUGCCCGGACUACAAGACUUCACACCACAACAGAUGUUCUGGAUCAGUGCUGCCAACACGUGGUGCUCCAAAUACCGUCCGGAGACAUUAAAACUGCGUAUCAUCACCGGACAACAUUCUCCGGGCGAGUUCCGAGUGAGAGGACCGUUCUCGAACCGACCUGAGUUUGCCAAAGACUUCAGUUGUCCGACCGGCUCUAAAAUGAACCCAACCAAAAAAUGUCAAGUAUGGUAGGAUUCCCGGGAUUUGUUUUCUCUCUCAGAUUUCUUAGCUAGUCUCUUCAGUAUAAAAAUCCAUUUUGGUUUUGAACAAGUGAAAUUUUAACAAAUGUAUAAACAAAGAGAAUGUGUCUGGCGGCUGGUUUCCGCAGAGAAAACGUUUUAACUCCCCUUAUUAUGUACUUGUAUAUAUAAAAAGACAACUUAAAAAUGACAUUACAAGACAAAAUGUGUAGUUGUAGUUUAUUAUAAGCGCACAUAAUUUAAUCUUGAUGUAAAAGUGUUAUCGAUUUAUCUAUUUGGCUAUUGAAAUUUAUCAAUACAUUAAGACAUUAAAUUACAAGUUAAAAAAAUAUUAAAGGAUCCAUGAAAGACGAAUUGUGACUUAGAAUUAUUAUAAGACUGAACUUUUUUAUUUGUAGGGACAGAAGGAGUCGUUUUAUUUAAUGGUGCUACUGAAUUUUAUGUGUUAGAUGUUCUAUGUUUCUUAUAAUGAUCAAGUCUGUACAUAGCACAACCAUGGACAAUAAGAUUGUAAUUUAUCAGAAACAACAAAUGCUGUAAUCUGCACUCUGCCUUGUCCACAUUAUUUUGUAUACUCUUCUAAUUUUUAGUAAAUGUUAUAUUAUUUUAA